GCGGCCGCCCAGCAGCCCGGGCUCGGGUGGGGGGGCGCGAGUGGGGGUGGCGGCCAGCAUGCUGCUCGGCUGCGGCUCGGCCUCCCACACCCGCGGCGCCCUCGUCCCAGCCAGCAGCGGCGGCGGCGGCGGCGGAGCAGCGAGCGGUGGCGGUGUCUGCAGCGGCUCGGGGUCCGAGCGCGCGGCGCGGCGGCGGCAGUGGGCGCCCGGGCGGGGAGCGGGCGGCGGGGACCCGGCAUGGCGCUGCGGCGGGGCGGCGGCGGGGCGCUGGGGUGGCUGCUGCUGCUGCUCAGCGCCGCGUGCUUGAUCCCGCCGGGCGCGCAGGUGAGGCGGCUGGCGCGCUGCCCCGCCACUUGCAGCUGUACCAAGGAGUCCAUCAUCUGCGUGGGCUCCUCCUGGGUGCCCAGGAUCGUGCCGGGCGACAUCAGCUCCCUGAGCCUGGUAAAUGGAACAUUUUCGGAAAUCAAGGACCGAAUGUUUUCCCAUCUGCCUUCCCUGCAGCUGCUAUUGCUGAACUCUAACUCAUUUACCGUCAUCCGGGAUGAUGCUUUUGCUGGACUUUUCCAUCUUGAAUACCUGUUCAUCGAAGGGAACAAAAUAGAAACCAUUUCAAGAAAUGCCUUUCGUGGCCUCCGUGACCUGACUCACCUUUCUUUGGCCAAUAACCACAUAAAAGCACUCCCAAGGGACGUCUUCAGUGAUUUGGACUCGCUGAUUGAACUCGAUUUAAGGGGCAAUAAAUUUGAAUGUGACUGCAAAGCCAAGUGGUUGUAUCUGUGGUUGAAGAUGACCAAUUCCACGGUCUCCGAUGUCCUCUGUAUUGGUCCGCCAGAGUAUCAGGAGAAGAAGCUAAAUGAUGUGCCCAGCUUCGACUAUGAAUGUACCACUACAGAUUUUGUUGUUCAUCAGACUUUGCCCUACCAAUCGGUUUCAGUGGAUACGUUCAACUCCAAGAAUGACGUGUAUGUGGCCAUUGCUCAGCCCAGCAUGGAGAACUGCAUGGUACUGGAAUGGGACCACAUUGAAAUGAAUUUCCGGAGCUAUGACAACAUUACAGGUCAGUCCAUUGUGGGCUGUAAGGCCAUCCUCAUUGACGACCAGGUUUUCGUGGUGGUGGCCCAGCUCUUCGGCGGCUCUCACAUCUACAAAUACGACGAGAGCUGGACCAAAUUCGUCAAAUUCCAAGACAUCGAAGUCUCUCGCAUUUCCAAGCCCAACGACAUUGAGCUGUUUCAGAUCGAGGACGAGACGUUCUUCAUCAUCGCAGACAGCUCCAAAGCUGGUCUGUCCACGGUAUAUAAAUGGAACAGCAAAGGGUUCUACUCCUACCAGUCUCUGCAUGAGUGGUUCAGGGACACGGAUGCAGAGUUUGUUGACAUAGAUGGGAAGUCACAUCUGAUUCUGUCCAGCCGCUCCCAGGUCCCCAUCAUCCUCCAGUGGAAUAAAAGCUCUAAGAAGUUUGUCCCCCACAGUGAUAUCCCCAACAUGGAGGACGUACUGGCCGUGAAAAGCUUUAGGAUGCAGAACGCCCUCUACCUCUCCCUCACUCGCUUCAUCGGGGACUCCAGGGUCAUGAGGUGGAACAAUAAGCAAUUUGUGGAGAUCCAGGCUCUUCCGUCCCGGGGGGCCAUGACGCUGCAGCCCUUUUCUUUUAAAGAUAACCACUACCUGGCCCUGGGGAGUGACUACACAUUCUCCCAGAUCUACCAGUGGGAUAAAGAAAAGCAGCUAUUCAAAAAAUUCAAGGAGAUUUACGUUCAGGCACCUCGUUCCUUUACAGCUGUCUCCACCGACAGGAGAGAUUUCUUUUUUGCAUCCAGUUUCAAAGGGAAAACAAAGAUUUUUGAACAUAUAGUCGUUGACUUAAGUUUGUGAGGGGGUGAUUGGUGAAUUUAAAGACACGUAGAGCUAGCUUUCACAAGAGAGGACCAAGAAGCAGAUACAAAGCCAAGUUCAGGGCUCUGCAAUUAAAAAUGCACUGGGGAACUAGUUAGAAGUUUUCAACAUUUUAGAACUCCCAUUUUGGUCAGGGACUGCAUUUAUUGGCUAACUGCAUGACAUGUCCAUUCUCCCAUUUAAAAAGACAUCUUGAAGCCUGUUAUCUCUGAGAAAAGAGAACAGCAUUAACUCUUACCAUCUAGGAAAGUAAUGUGCUUUUUUCUUUUUUCUUUUUUUUAAGUGAGGAAGGAGGAAAUCGGAUAAGAUGGGACAGUUCUUAUAACGGAAAUAAUAAACAAACAAACAAACAAACAAACAAAAAGACCAAACUAUGGGCCCUUCUCAUUCCAUUUUAGCAGUCUUUUUUGGUAAGAACUCUUAAAGCCAAAGAAAGCUAAAAAGAUUUGCUGAUGAUUCGUUUAAAAAUCUGAUAACACUCAGCAAUGCUAUUUUUGAGUCCUUUCAGUUUCCUGAAUCCCCCUUCCCAGCAGAAAGUUGGCUAUUCCAUCGGCUCCUAUGGAGAGAUACUUGUCAUGGGAAUGUUAACAAAAUAAUGCUGGACAUCGCUUCCUUUGCCGCAAAGAAAAUACUCUGCUGACACGCGUCCAGGCCCCGCAUAGGCUGUAGGCCCAUGAGUGAGACAAAUUUUCCCCUCUUCCUUGUGGUUCAGAGCUGACCCUGUGGCAGCCGGAACAAUAUUGCUUGUUAGAUGCCCUCCAUGGCUUGGCUGCUUCCCUGAACCCACUCUUUGAGUGUGUGGGUAGUCAGCAGACAGGCCAAAGACUGAACGGUGCUUUUCAUCCCAUCCUUUAAAGUAAUAGAACAGGUCUUUCCAUCCGAUGAGCAUUUGGUAGGAUUUCAGAAGCAAGAUUUUGUGGGAUCAAAGAGGACUUUACACAAGUCUUGCUGUACUUUGAUACCUAGAGGUGGCCCUUUGAUUUGUGCAUGGCCGUGCCCUCUGGGCAGCUUCCUAUUUCGAGUCAUUGAGUACCAGCCUACCUUCCUGCCCACCUGCCUUCCUCCCUACUCCCACAUCAGUCCUGCUUUGUGGAUAUGCCGUUGCUGCCACCGCCAAUGAGGGGCUGAGGCACCAGACAGCAGAACCUGGGGUCCCCUUGAUGCUAGUGCCCCUUCUUUCCCAGUAGUUUAGCAAAGGAAAGCCCCCUGGAGGGCUCACACUGUGACGUGGGACCACGUACUGGCAGGGGGCUCAUCCUGAAUAGGCUGGUGGGGGGUGGGCCGAUCAUCGGGGACCCACUUUGGAGCUUGACCCACUGCAUCCCACAGACCAGGUCUGUGCUGGGGGGGCUAGAGGGUCUAUUUCAAACUGGGCUUCUCUGGUGUAGAUUAUCAGGGAGCCCAUGGGGUCUGGUUUUGCAGAAGCUUCCCAGUGGAUGUUCUGCCUGUUUAGUGGGUUCUCCUGAAGUGGAAUUUAGGAGUGGCUCUCAAAGAGCCACCCAACAGCGUCUCUGGGAGCCCCCAAACCAGCACAAUCAUGUGGUACUAGCGCAUUAUUUUUUAAUGAUCGUUUGCCAAGUCAUGAGUAGGUAGAGGUUUUGCCACACGUUUGGGUGUAGUGUUGUUUCUGCUUUAAGCGAUGUAGGUCAAGGCAACCAAUAGCAUGGACACCAGGGAGUUCGGUGAACUCAGUCACCCACACGUAGUACAACAUUGCUGCUUGAAGCUUUCUUGCUAGGCACCAACCAAACAGGAGAAGUGGUUUGUUUUCAUUUCUGAAGCACAAAAUCACCCUUCCGUGUUCUUUUGCCUUCCUGGUUCAUUUGAAUUGACUACAAAUGCCCAGAUCCCCGCAUCAGCAGCAGAAAGUGGGACAGCUCUGCUCUUCCUCUAUUAGGAUGGGCAAGCAAUUCUCUCUGGCACAUGGAACUCCUCAGACAAGCCUGGGCAGAAAGACGGGCCCUUGGCAAACAAGGUAGGGGACAUUUCGACAGUCUUAGCACUCAUGCCAGUUUGAAAUGAUGUUCCUGAGCCAGCCGCUUGUUGGGAAGGCAACCGGGGCAUCUUUUCACAGGGCUGCCUCUAGGGAAUGGGGCACCGGCCCCCCAGCUUCCCCUCUGAGGGAGAAGUGCCUGUAGAAACCAUCUGCAUUCACCAUGCUGGUAACCAUUGCCUAGAAUCCAGAAAACCAGGAAACCCGGGGAGCGGAGCUGGGGACAGGGGCGCUUUCUGGGUCCAGGGGAGACAUCGGCCGGUGGAAGAAAGAUCUAAGGAACUACGGGCGAGGCGAGGGCAAGAGGGUGGGUAGUCCACACGGCUACAGUCAGGCUCUCUUUUUCUUCUUAAGAAAUUAGACAAGAGCAGAGUCUGCAGCCUACAAGAGUCUUGGCUCUGAGGGAGGAGAUAUUUGUUCUGGCCGACUUGCUAAAGGAGCGGAGAUGUUCUUGGCAUGAGGUUGUGGAAGCUUUGCUUCAUUAAUCUCGCUGCUCCAUCCCAAGAAACCCUCUAGUUUUGAACAAUUUCUGAAAGAAGCUUUUUCCCAGUAAUAAUGUAAGACAAAAAAAAAAAAAAAAGACAACAGUAACAGAAACCCAAAAGCUGAGAGACACGUGGGACCAUCCACUGUGGAGAGAGUUCUGGGAAGGGCUGCUCUUGUCCAUUCCUUCCCAUCCCCCAUGGGUUGCCUUCCAGUCAGCUUGUUUCUUCUUUGCAAUCUCCGUAGUGAGGCUAGGUCGCUCCACGUAGCCAAGUGGCCACGCCACACAGCCUUAAAGCGUGGGAUCUGGAACAGAUCUCUCACAAAGACUAAAAACAAGCCUUAGAUGUGAAUGGCACGGUGUUCUCAGGCAAUGGAGAGUAAGCCCACCCUGCAUCUCAGCAGAGCUUUACGAUUUUUUUCAGUGUGCAUUUGUGUCCAUCUCAUUUGUCCAUAAGUAGUUCUUCAGUGUAUUGGUGGGUGGGUAUUCUAAUUUCAGAGAGCAUGAAACCAGUACGAAGAUCGAAGUCGAUUGCCUGCUCAAGAUCAUCUUGUAGUGAAUGGCGAAGGCAGAGUUUACCCCUGCAUGGCGGGCUGUGAUUUGUGACUCUCUGACAUGCCUUCCGAAUAAAGACUUCUUUUUUUUAAUCAUGAUUCAGAAUGUAGCAACACCUUGAGAUAAAAUAAAAAACACAACAACAUAUGCAUAGCCAGGAGGAAAAUAGAGCUGAAUAGACACCAUCUUAUGAACUGGUCCCUUUUCCAAUUAAACGCUACGAGACCCCUACUCCACGUGAGGCCCCACUCUUGAAAGUCUUCCAGAAGUUUCAGAUAAUUUUCUGUUCUAAAGAGGAUUGCUAGCUGGCACGGUUGCUUCUCCACACACACCGACCCCUCCAAUAGCGAUGGGGCAAUGUUGAGGUCGAGACACAUCUGGUUCUUGUCACAACGUCCACAAGAUAAACAAGAGAGUUCUGUGAGGGAACAACUACAAACUCGAAGGCACGAGUGGUGAUGAAUUGCUCCAGGUCAUAAUCAGCCUUUGGGGAGCACGCUGGAAAUGCCAGUGUUGCAUUUUUCUUCCCCAACGGAGAGAGAGGCUGUGUAUUUUUAGGAAAGAAGUCAGUGUGGGAUGCUGGAGGUUUGGCUGCCAGGAACACUCAGCAUGAAAAUUUCUUGGACUGGGGGUCUAAUGAAAGAGAGAUGAAGGUCUGCUGGAGGGGAAUCUGUUUGCAUGCCACCUAAAGGAAAUCCUUUAGCCAGGCUUCCGGAUUCUUCCGCAGAUAUCGGUCCCUCCCUCUGCUCCACAGUUUUGGAAGAGAGUUCUUUAAUUAGGCAGUGGCCAAAGAUUCUUUUGAGCAGGGCUCCGGAGUAGAAUGCAGUCAUCUAGCUGUUGGUGAUGUAAGGUUGUCCAGACUUAGGACAGUCUAAAGGGAAUGGGCAGAAAAGCCAGGCUGAUGGCCAUGGAGGGAACUCUUUGGGAACGUAGAAAUAAACUGGAAGGAAAAAGGUCAUCAGGACUUCCUUUGUGUCAGCCAGGCCAGUAGAGGUUGGAAGGAGGAGAAAAAUUUAACAGCCAAUUAAUAGCGAAGAGAGCCCACUGUAAUGCUAAUUGAAAUAAGAAUUGUGUUGUAAAGUUAACUGAGAUCUAAACCUAGAGAGGCACUCUUAUCCUUAACGUUAUUCCAUUACUUGUAUAGAAUCUACCUUUUUUCUAGUAGACUAUGCAUUCCCUAUCAAUCCCUUUGACUAUCAGGAAUGUAUAAGAACUGUGAUAAAAUAAGCCAAUAUGCCAUUUGGUACCAUUUUUAUGUAUCUUAGAUGCAUAACUUAGGUAAAAUAAGAAUAGUUUCUAUGUAUAUGAAAGCAAAUUUUGCAGUAUGCAAGCUACAAUGGAUGCAUUUUAAGGCUGAAUAUAUAUUUAGAUCUCUUUUGGUAAAUACAGUUAACAAAAAACAUGCCUCUUAAUUCGAUAUAUCCUGUAAGUCUAUGAAUAAAAAGUAGCUCAUGCCUAAUGUGGCUUUGAUCUCUGGUCUGCUUGAAUACGGAUAUGCCCACUCGAGUCACGGAAUUGAGGGCUCACAGGCUAUUGUGGAAGGGCGGAGUAUGCCCAUUUAUCUUUGUGGCUUACUCCUGGUUUAAAUGGAAAAUGAGCCCCCGUAGGGGACUUUUGCUUCUACUUGCAAAUCGAAAAGUCGCUAAAAAGUCACUGAGGGACUUUACAGCUAUACCUCUACCUGAUCUGCAGAAUCAUAAUCUUGACAAACUGACAAAAAAAAGUCUAGGGAUCUUUGGGCAUCCUCUGAUUCUGCGUGGUGGGAAGAUGAGGUUACAAGAUCCCAUCGAUUGGGAGGAACCAUGAACAAACUGAGGGUAAGACUUUUGUCUUGUUCUCUGCAUGUCUUGGCUCGUGUCUCUAUCUAUGUAUUUAGACCCAUCUGGUUUCACUGGAGAGAGGAGAGGUCAAAAACUCAAAUCACAUUUGACUGUGUACUUAACUGUGUGUCAAUUACUUUAAUAUGCUGUGGAGUUUUUGAAAAAGUACAAGAGCAGAGGGGUGCCUGGGUGGCUGAGUCAGCUAAGCUUCUGCCUUCAACUCAUGUCGUGAUCCCAGGCUCCUGGGAUAGAAUUCGUGCAUCAGGCUCCUUGUUCAGCAGGUAGCCU